GGCGUCCUUGCCCGGAAGCGGCGCACUUCCUCUGGGCUCGUCUGGGUCACCUCGUCUGCCCACCGCUGGCCCCUGGCCGGGCGCCCCGUCUCUCUCUCCCCGCAGCUGUCUCUCUCGUGCCCACGGCCCGUCUCGCUCCUUCCCCGCGUCGCCGCCUUCUCCGCCUGCCUGGGUGGCCGCCAUGGGCCGGAAACGGCUCAUCACCGACUCCUACCCCAUAGUGAAGCGGAGGGAGGAUCCCAGUGGGCCCACCAAGGGGGAGCUGGCACCCGAGCCAGGGGAAGAGCCCGAGCCUGAGCCCUUGCCUCUGAGUGUGGAUGACGCCGAGCUGGAGCUGCUGAGGCAGUUCGACCUGGCCUGGCAGUACGGCCCCUGCACAGGCAUCACCCGGCUGCAGCGCUGGCUCCGGGCAGAGCAGAUGGGCCUGGAGCCUCCCCGUGAGGUGUGCCAGCUGCUGCAGACCCACCCUGGAGACCCCCGCUACCAGUGCAGCCUCUGGCACUUCUAUCCCCUCUGAGGCACCACCUGAGACUGCGUCACUGCCCGAGUCCCCAAGAUCAACAGGACAGAGAGACAGCCAGUGGCUGCCCCUCACUUGGCCUGCUGUGAAGGCCUCUUCACUAAGGAAAGGCUGAAUCUGGAGAGCUCCCAGCUCCUGGAACCUGACUCCUUGGGGCCCCUUCUGAUUUCCAGAUCUUCCUCACCACCUGCCGAGAGCCUUUGGGGCUGAAGCUCAGCAUCUCCUAGCGCCCAACAAUGGUCUCUCAGGACAAGGCCCAGGCCAGGAUCCCUCUGAUGCCCGCUUCACCCUCAAACUCCAACAUUGGGGCUUGGGUGGCACAGCAGAUGAGGCACCACCUGUGCCCCAGACACAGGCAGGUGAAGCCCUCACCCAAAGCUGGCAAUCUGUGGGCAGAACUGGCUGAGCACAAGGGCCAUGGGUUUAUCAAUAAAGGACAUUGAGCCUGGAA